AUUUGGGUGUAUGAAGCAUUUGUGCCGAAUUUGGUCCAGUGAAUGAAAAUACAUCCUGCAUAUCAGACAACGGAAAUAAUGUGAUGGCUGGGGGUCACCAAAACAUAAGGAAUUUUUUGUGUGUGUGUCAGGAGCAACCAGCGUUGCUUCUGGAGUGAGAGAGAGAAUUGGCCGUCUGCAAGGACGUUGCCCAGGGGAUGUUUUUGUGGGAGGCUUCUCUCAUGUCCCCGCAUGGAGCUGGAGCUGAUAGAGGGAGCUCAUCCGCGCUCCCCCCGGGUGGGAUUCGAACCAGGCAGCCUUCAGGUCUGCAACCCAACCUUCAAGUCCGGAGGCUUUUAUCCCCUAGGCCAUCGGAGGCUCCUAUAAGGAAGUGUAUGUAGGGGUGAGGAAGGUAGAGGUCGAGGUGGAAGGGCUGAGUGGCGGGGCGGUGGGCGAGGGAGGAGACCCAGCGGCGCCUGGGACAUAAUAUCCUGAGGCCGCCCCGCUCGCCUUGGCCUCCCCGCCCUUUCCCUCUUCUUCUUCUUCUUCUCAUCUCAAAAGGAGGAGAAAGAGGAGGGAGGCGGGGAGGAGACGGGAAAGGAGCAACGCGGAGAAGUGAAGCCGGUCGCGGCUUGUCCAGAAGCAGAACUUUCUCCCAUCCCCAAAGGACGCCAAGCCGUGGAGGAUUCAACGAGGAAGGGCCCUCUUUCCCCUUUGUUGUGUUUUGCUUGGUUCUCUUCUCCCCGGGCCGAUGUUGGUGCUGGCGGCGCUGCUCUUUCUGGGCUGGACUCCGGGCUCGGCGUGGGGGGCGUCGUGCGAGCCGGUGCGGCUCCCGCUCUGCCAGUCGCUGCCCUGGAACAUGACCAAGAUGCCCAACCACCUGCACCACAGCACCCAGGCCAACGCCAUCCUGGCCAUCGAGCAGUUCGAGGGCCUGCUGGGCAUCCACUGCAGCGCCGACCUGCUCUUCUUCCUCUGCGCCAUGUACGCGCCCAUCUGCACCAUCGACUUCCAGCACGAGCCCAUCAAGCCCUGCAAGUCGGUCUGCGAGCGGGCGCGGGCCGGCUGCGAGCCCGUCCUCCGCAAGUACGGCCACGCCUGGCCCGACAGCCUGGCCUGCGACGAGCUGCCCGUCUACGACCGCGGCGUCUGCAUCUCCCCGGAGGCCAUCGUCACCGCCGAGGGGGCCGAUUUCCCUAUGGAUUCUAAUAAUGGCAACUGUAGAGGCUCCAGCGCUGAGCGCUGCAAAUGCAAGCCUAUAAAAGCUACCCAGAAGACUUAUCUCCGGAAUAAUUACAACUAUGUCAUUCGGGCUAAAGUGAAGGAAGUGAAGACCAAAUGUCAUGAUGUCACUGCAGUCGUUGAAGUAAAGGAGAUUCUAAAAUCUUCCUUGGUGAACAUUCCCAGGGACACUGUUAACCUGUACACAAACUCUGGGUGCCUGUGCCCACCUCUCAAUGCAAAUGAAGAAUAUAUCAUCAUGGGUUAUGAAGAUGAAGAACGCUCCAGAUUACUCUUGGUGGAAGGCUCCAUAGCUGAGAAAUGGAAAGAUCGUCUUGGUAAAAAAGUGAAGCGCUGGGAUCAGAAACUCCGUCAUCCCGGUAAAGGCAGAAAUGAACCUGGACAAAGUGAUUCAGCUCCAAAAUCUGGCCGGACCACCAAUCCACGACAAAGGCGCAAUUAGACAAAUGAUGGCAUGUGUCGGGAAAAGGAAAGAAACCAAGUAAAAUAUUCCACAGACUUGUGUAAAUUAAAGACUUGCCUUGAUGGAGCAGCAAAGAAGAAAUUGCACUAUUGCGUGUUGCGUUGUAUUGUUUACUAUGAGAUCCGGUUGUAGCCAAUAUUAGUCUUAUUUCCCUUGUGUUUUUCUGGCCCUUUGAUAUCUGCAGGAGUAGAAGCACUCAGAAAAAAACAAUAUGUUAUGUCCACAGAUGUUUGUAGAUCACAUCUAUCUAUCUGUUGGUUGGUGGGCUUGUUUAUUCGCAUACAAGAUAGGGUCAGCUGAUGCCAUGGUAAUGGUUUCUUGAGAGUUACUCCAUUCCAAAAAUCUAUGCACCCUUUGAGCAAACAGAUCUCUGGCCCAUGCAAAAUGCCCCAUUAGGAGUGACAUUAUCUAUGCAUAGACAGGAAGGCAGGUAUAUAAAUAACUUAUGUGCAAGGUAAAAGAUUUGCGAAAUUAGUAGCUACAUAGGGGCAAAUUAACUUAUUGCCUCCCUAAAUUACAAUCAGCCCAAGAAUAAUAUAAAGCCAUUUUUGCUCUUCCAACCCAAAUAUAAUGUUUGGAAAGCCAUCCUUGUUGACAGUAUUUCAGUGGUCUACACAUAUGCGUUCCAAUGUCAAUCUUCCGUAGUUCGCUGGCAUACAAUCUGGGAAUCCGAUGCAUGAUUCAGAUUUAGGAACUGCAGGGAAGACAGGCAAGGAUAUGCUCUUCCUUUACCCCACAAUAUAGUCUACAUUUGGGGUUUUGGAAAACAAUCUGAAUUGCUUCUUUGUUGUCGCAAAGCUCAGGCUCAAGUGUGCUUUCAGAAUUUUUUCCCCUAUCUAAAAAAUGCUAUGCCUAAUAUAUGUACAAAUUAACAAAUACAGUGCAGAGGAUUUAACAGUGGCGGGAAAUAAACAUUUUGCAAUCUACCAAGGCUAUUUCAAAAAUGAGGGAAAGGAGUCUACGGGUGUAACCGUUUCUGCAUUUUGUCAUUAAAAUGUGCAGGAUGGAGAUUUUGUUGCCCUCAAAGUGCACUCUCCCCUCCCUCCCUCCUGACGGCCCUGCACCCUCCAUUAAAACCCUUGUUGGCAGUAUGGAAAAAGGAUUAUACAAAGAGAUUAUACCAAGAGCUCAGUGCCUAUCGGAGUGGGCCUGUUAAAUGUCGAUUCCUCCUCAAUAAACCACUUGUAUUAAAUUCUAGCUUUAAAACAUUAACCAUGGCAAAUACCGCACAGAGGCCUUGCUUCUGAAUGCCUUAAUCCUUGUGGGAAAGGUCGUAUCGAAUUGUCAAGUCUCGCCAGAAGUUAUGUUGUACUUGCUCUCUGAUAGCAUGUUCCCUUCCCUGCUUCUUUUGUUGUGAUUGUGGAGUCGGAGGAGGAGGAGACAGUCUUCACCCCGGCCUCCUUCUUGGCAUGGGCCUGCACUUUGUCAUUUCAUCGGUGUCACUCGGAUUGUGUUUCAGUGCCUCCAUUCAACCGCAGGGCUUGAUGGUCAGUACUGGGGGACGUAGAAUGAAAAAACUGCCCGCCGCCGCUUAAAAAGUUACAGCCAUACUCUAUGCAACGUGCCUCACAAAAAGGAACUGCAACAGUAAACAGAGACUUUAUCCUGAAGAAUUUUGUUUCUGCAACAAAUGUACAUUUUAUAGUUGAUGAUAUGUAUUUCUAUUCAGAAUAUGCCAGCAGGUCAUCUCGGUACUCACGGAACAGUACCAUUACUUGGAAACUGUAAUUCUGCCUUCUUCCUUUUUAUAAAAAAGUACAGAAAUAUCAGUAGAAUACUGAAUUAAAAAUAAAGCAACUAUUUUAGCAGAAAAUAAAACAUUUAUAUUAUGAA